AUGGAGAACCCGGGGCUGCAGCUCAAGGAAGAAGGGCUAAAUCUUGAGGCAACCAAGACUGAAGGGCAAGAACACAGCCUCUGGGCUGGGCUGGACUCUCCCACUCACAAGAGGAGUAUCCAACAGCCUUUCAUCAAGGCAAGAAGUUUCUGCAGAACACAUGCUGUCUGGUUCAAGAGGAUCCUGUUGGGCCUGUUGUGUCUUGCUUAUGCUGCCUACUUCCUGGCAGCUUGCAUUUUGGAUUUCCAGAGGGCACUGGCCUUGUUCGUCCUUACCUGUUUGGUGCUUGUUGUCCUGGCUCAUCGCUUACUGAAAAGAUUAUUUAGUAAAAAAUUAACAAGAUGUCUGAAGCCUUUUCAGAACUCCUGCCUGAAGCUUUGGAUGAAAUGGGUCCUCGGAGGAGCCUCCUUGGUUGGCCUUAUCCUGUGGCUGGCUCUAGACACAGCCCAAAGGCCAAAGCAACUGAUCUCCUUUGCAGGAAUCUGCAUGUUCAUCAUCAUCCUCUUUGCCUGCUCUAAAAACCACCAUGCAGUGUCCUGGAGGGCAACGCUUUGGGGCCUUGGUCUUCAGUUUGUCUUUGGGAUCUUGGUCAUCAGAACCAAACCUGGAUUUACUGCAUUUCAAUGGCUGGGAAAGCAAGUUCAGAUUUUCCUGGACUACACUCUGGCUGGCUCCAGUUUUGUCUUUGGGGAUACGCUAGUCAAGGAUGUCUUUGCUUUUCAGUCCUUACCAAUCAUCAUUUUCUUUGGCUGCACGAUGUCCAUUCUCUACUACCUGGGCCUUGUGCAGUGGGUAAUCCAGAAGAUCGCCUGUUUUUUGCAAGUUGCCAUGGGCACCACUGCUACAGAGACCUUGUCUGUGGCAGGAAAUAUCUUUGUGGGUAUGACAGAGGCACCUCUGCUCAUCCGUCCAUACCUUGCAGACAUGACACUCUCUGAACUGCAUACAGUGAUGACUGGUGGGUUUGCCACCAUUUCAGGCACUGUGAUGGGAGCCUUUAUAUCCUUUGGGAUUGACCCGGCAUCCUUGAUUUCUGCCUCGGUGAUGGGUGCCCCUUGUUCUCUUGCCUUGUCAAAGCUGGUAUAUCCAGAAGUGGAAGAGUCCAAGUUCAAGAGUGAGGAGGGAGUAAAACUGCCUCAUGGGAAGGAGAAGAAUGUCCUGGAAGCUGCCAGCAAUGGAGCCGCAGAUGCCAUUGGUCUUGUGACUAACAUAGCCGCCAAUCUGAUUGCCUUUUUGGCUGUGCUGGCCUUCCUCAAUGCCACCCUCUCCUGGCUAGGGGACAUGGUAGACAUACAGGGCCUCAGUUUCCAGGUCAUCUGCUCCUAUCUUCUAAGGCCCAUGGUCUUCAUGAUGGGUGUGGAAUGGGCAGACUGUCCAAUGGUGGCUGAAAUGGUGGGGAUCAAGUUCUUCAUAAAUGAGUUUGUGGCCUAUCAGCGACUCUCUAAAUACAAGGACAGCCGUCUCUCUGGAGUGGAAGAGUGGCUUGGCAGUGAGAAACAGUGGAUUUCUGAGAGAGCUGAAAUCAUUACAACAUUUUCACUCUGUGGAUUUUCCAAUCUUAGUUCCAUAGGAAUCACACUGGGAGGCUUGACAUCGAUGAUACCCCAACGGAAGAGUGAAUUGUCCAAGACUGUGGUCAGUGCCCUCUUCACAGGGGCUUGUGUGUCCCUUAUCAGUGCCUGCAUGGCAGGAAUCCUCUAUGUCCCCAUGGGAGCUGAAACAGACUGUCUCUCCUUCCUGAACACAAAUUUCACCAGUAGCAGCUAUGAGACCUAUGUGUGCUGCAAACAGCUCUUCCAGAGUACUUCUUUGAAUGGCACCAGCCCUCCUUCUUUUUCUGGUCCUUGGGAAGACAAAGAGGACAGUACCAGGGCCCUGGCUAACUGCUGUGGACUCUACAACCACUCCAUCUGUGCCUAAAGCUGGUCCGUGCCCAUAACCAUCCUGGUCCUGCAGGUUUUUGAUGGCAAUGACAUUUCAUUUAUGUACUCAGAGUUUUCUCACUCUGCAUUUAAGUCACCAAGAUCUUUAACAGCAAAUAUAAAAGUUUCAUUUUGGUACACUGUAUCCUGAUAAUGAAAACUAGUAUUUGUCUUUCAGGAUUUAGUGGAAUUGAAUAGGAAAUUCUUCAUGGGCUCUGCCUGAGCUGAAAUUUGAAAUAAUAAACAUUACCACAUAAAAAAAAAAUCAUGCAAAUCUUGCUUCUAGUUGCUUUCUUAAAAGUUAUGUGAUGCAGUGUGCUAUAAAUGUGAUUUGGUAUGUAACGUGUAUUGGGGGGAGAAAAGCUGUAUUUCUUGGAGUACUGUGGGUGAACUGUUUGUGUUACUAAAAUUACAUAU